AUGGCCAAGAAAGCCGCCGUGAAACCCGAGAAACCAACCAAAAAACCAACGAAGGAGCCUUCAUCCGUGACGUAUUCUUUGUGUGUACCAUCCACUAUCAUUUCUAAGACAAAUGCCCACAAUCUUGAGCAGGUUACGAAUGUGGCAUACCAAGUAGCCAAAGCCGCUGCAAGUUUUCAAGUCUCAGAGAUUGUAGUUCUUGACAUACCGCCCAAAAAGACAGAGGAAACUGUUGCCGAGAUCAAAUUGGCAGGAAAUACCGGAAACCAGAAGGUCAAGUUUGGUGACAAUGAACUUGAUCCCAUUCCUAAAAGCAAGGCCACAGAAACAAAACAAGCUUCCGAGGACAUCGACCAGCUUGAUUCCAAUGCAAUUCUCUUUGCUACGCUCCUCCAAUAUUUUGUCACCCCCAAGUACCUCACCAAGGCAGUUUUCCAACUGAGUAAAUACAAUAAGAAGUUCAAGUACGCAGAGAAACUUCCCACCCUAAGUAACUUACCUUUCAUGAACAAUAACAAUGUUGGUGAGCAUUUCAAAGAAGGGUUGACAACGCCAAAGCACACACCCAAGGUUCUGAAACGUAGUAAAAAGACGAGCGCUACCAAGAAACUCAAGGUGACCAAGUAUGUGAACAUCGGAGAGAAAACCCUCCUCGAAUUGGAGGGAAGAGAAGUGCCUGCAAAUGUGAGAGUAACUGUGGAUGUCAGAAACAAGAAAGUUGUCAGCCCGCAGGUUGCGUACGGAAUUUCAGGAAGCAAAGCGGCCUUUGGCUACUACGUUAGACUUGCGAAGCUGAUUACUGCUGUAUUCACUGAACUGAGCUUUCCAGAUGGCUACACUGACUCGAUAUUCAUAAAUGCUAAUAACUAUUUUGCAAAGGCCUCUGAGACGUCUCUUUCCGAAGCCAAAUGCGUCACCCAGGGUAAUGUUCUACUCCUUAUUGGCAACCUUGACCACUUCGAGGCUUGUUUCAAGCUGGAAACCAUCGAGGGAGUAAACCUGGUGACCGAAAUGUUUGACAGCGAGUUAAAGGUACCUUCUGGUUUGAGAGUAGAAGACGCCGUUUUGGUUGGAUUGGCCAAAAUGAAUUGA